CCUUGCCACCCCACCUCACAACCGAAGAACAUAUUAUUCCGCAAGUACUGCAAGAAAAUCAAAGCCCUAGCCCUACUUUGCUGUGUAAAGGUUUCUCUGUUAUAUUGCUAUGGAGGAGCAUAGCAACAAGAAGCGUGUCAGGGAGGACGAGGUCGAGGCUGAGUUUGAUUUGCCUGAGGCGAAGAAAAUAAGGGAUGAUUUAUUGGAUAUUCUAGACGAGUCGGAUCCUGACGCGACGACUCAGGAUCUAGACUCUGUUAUGAAGAGUUUUGAAGAGGAGAUAUCUGCCUCCUCUUCGCCAGUCGUUGUCGACCUGACGUUGGAUUCCGGUGAGUCCCAGCCUGAACUUGGGUACCUUCUUGAAGCUUCAGAUGAUGAGCUUGGGUUACCUCCAUCUGCAACUUCUUCUGGGGAGGAGGCUAGAAAUGAAGUAAAGGAGCUGGUGCGAGUGGACUCAGGUGGAAAUGAUGGAUUAUGGGGGUUUGAGGAUCAGAUCCCGAGUUAUGACUCGUUCGAAUUGGGAAUCAUUGAAAAUUAUAACACCGAGUACGCGGCGUUUGAUGACGGAUUGUUCGACUAUUCGAAUGUAUGUUUCGAUUCGUCCGAUUAUUCGGAUUAUUCUUGGCGGCUGGGAUCCAUGCCGGCCGAGUAAAUGAAGAAACCAAACGUUUCGGCUAACGGCACUAUGAGACGAUACCGUUACCGUC